CUCCCUCACAGAGACUGGGAAGAGGGAGGAGGGCAGGGUUGGGCACUGAGGGAUCAGAAGCCCUACAGCGCCCUAUAUCUGAAGGAAGCUCUGGCCAGGGCAGCUGUGCUGGUUCAUGCUCACUGCCUCAUGCUGCUUGUCCCCUCCAGCAUGAUGCUGGGGACUCUGGGCCUUUGCGUACUAUUUCCCACAUCUGUGCGAGCACUCCCAAGCAGGCGGACCUGUGUGUUCUUUGAGGCCCCUGGAGUGCGGGGAAGCACAAAGACACUGGGGAAGCUGCUAGAUGCAGGACCAGGGCCCCCCAGGGUUAUCCGCUGCCUCUACAGCCGCUGCUGUUUUGGGAUCUGGAACCUGACCCAAGACCGGGCACAGGCGGAGAUGCAAGGAUGCCGAGACAGUGAUGAGCCAGACUGUGAGUCCCCGCACUGUGACCUGAGCCCCCGAGCCCACCCCAGCCCCAGGUCAACCCUCUUCACCUGCUCGUGCGGCACUGACUUCUGCAAUGCCAAUUAUAGUCAUCUGCCUCCUCCAGGGAGCCCUGGGACUCCUGGCUCCCAGGGUCGUCCCACCGUCCCAGGCGAGUCCAUCUGGAUGGCGCUGGUGCUGCUGGGACUAUUCCUGUUCCUCCUGCUGGGCAGCAGCAUCCUGGCCCUGCUACAGCGAAAGUCCUGCAGAGUGCAGGGUGGGUCAGCGCCAGAGCCAGAGCCAGAGCCGGAAUCAGGCAGGGACUGGAGUGCUGAGCUGCCCGAGCUGCCUGAGCUGUGUUUCUCUCAGGUCAUCUGGGAAGGAGGUCAUACAGUGGUGUGGGCUGGGCAGCUGCAAGGUAAACUGGUAGCCAUCAAGGCCUUCUCCCGGAGGGCUGUGGCCCAGUUCCAAGCCGAGAGAGCGUUGUAUGAGCUGCCAGGCCUACAGCACGACCACGUUGUCCGCUUCAUCACCGCCAGCAGAGGGGGCCCUGGGCCCCUGCCCUGUGGGCCCCUGCUGGUACUGGAACUGCACCCAAAGGGUUCUCUGUGCCACUACUUGACCCAGCACACCAGUGACUGGGGAAGUUCCAUGCGGAUGGCACUGUCUCUGGCGCAGGGCCUGGCAUUCCUCCAUGAGGAGCGCUGGCAGGAUGGCCAAUAUAAACCACCGAUCGCCCACCGAGAUCUGAGCAGCCAGAAUGUGCUCAUUCGGGAGGAUGGGUCAUGUGCCAUUGGAGACCUGGGCCUCGCCUUGGUGCUCCCUGGCCUCUCCCAGCCUCCCACCUGGGCCCCUACUCAACCCCGAGGCCCCGCUGCCAUCAUGGAGGCUGGCACCCAGAGGUACAUGGCGCCAGAGCUCUUGGACAAGACUCUGGACCUACAGGACUGGGGCAUGGCCCUCCGACAAGCCGAUGUGUACUCUCUGGCUCUGCUCCUCUGGGAGAUCCUGAGCCGCUGCCCAGAUCUGUGGCCGGAUAGCAGACCACCACCCUUCCAGCUAGCCUAUGAGGCAGAACUGGGUAGCACUCCCAGCACCUGUGAGCUGUGGACCUUGGCGGUAGAGGAGAGAAGGCGGCCCUGCGUCCCACCCAGCUGGCACGGCUUCACCACAGACCCUGGCGGCCUGAGAGAGCUGCUGGAGGACUGUUGGGAUGCGGACCCAGAAGCAAGGCUGACGGCAGCGUGUGUCCAACAGCGUCUGGCCGCCCUAGCCUAUCCUCAGGAGGCCCGCCCCUUCCCAGAGAGCUGUGCCCAAGGCAGUCCACCUCUCUGCCCAGAAGACUGCCUCUCAGGCCCUCCCCAUGGCCAUCCCCCCUUGUAG